AUGGCCACCCAACCUACCUUCGUCUUCGUUCCCGGCGUUUUCCAUACCCCUGCCCAUGCGCAGCCAAUUCUCGAUGCCCUCCAAGCAAAGGGGUAUCCAACGCACGCAGUCGCACUCGCGACAGUCGGGAACUCAGCCAGCACUGCGAAGCCGAACGCUGACGCCCAAGCGGUCAGAAAGGCCCUAGAAGAACUCGUUGUAGAACAAGAGAAAGAGGUUGUCCUCUUCUGUCAUUCGUACGGCGGAAUCCCUGGAAGUCAAGCUGUGGCGGGGCUGGAAAAGAGUAAGAGAAACAAAGACGGUGCGCGGGGCGGAAUCAUCAGGAUCAUAUUCCUCGCCGCGAUUCUCCCGCGAGAGGGAGAGGGCUUGCUGCAAACAUUCGCUGGCGCCAACUUCCAGCCCGGCCAGUGGCUUGGGCCAACAGGCCUAGUCACGAUUGCCGCAUAUCCCGCGGCAACAGAAGUGUUGUACCACGACUUGGAUGUCGACGCCAAAUCACAUUGGACCAGCAAGCUUGAACCGAUGUCGAUGCAUAUUCUCAGUACGCCCGCUGUUGGUGUUUGCUGGGGGGUCGAUGUUCCGAAAACGUACAUCUGCUGCAAGCAAGAUCGAUCUAUAUCGCUGCAAGCACAGAAGACGUUUGUGGAGAGGGUGAAGGUGGAUGACAAGUGGAAGGUCGUCGAGAUGGAUUGCGGUCAUAGCCCGUUUUUGAGCCACAUCGACGAAUUGGUGGCUAUUCUUACUACGGAAGUAUGA